GUUCUCUGGCACCUGGACAUCUUCCGACGGAGUUUCCGUGAGCUGAACGGACACGCGUGUAUGGCAGAAGCUUGCAUCUUCUGUGCUCUAAAGGAACUCUUCUCUCAGCUACAGUACAGCCAUGAGUCCGCGCUGCCGCCCGACGCCCUCCGCCGCGCCCUCGCCCAGACCUUCUACAACCAGCAGCGCUUCCAGCUGGGCUUCAUGGACGACGCCGCCGAGUGCUUCGAGAACAUUCUGCUGCGGAUCCACUUCCACAUCGCCAGCGGGGAGGCCGAGGACAUGUGCAACGCGCGCCACUGCAUUCCUCACCAGCGCUUCGCCAUGACGCUGGUCGAGCAGAGCGUCUGCGGCGACUGCGGCGCCACGUCCGAGCCGCUGCCCUUCACGCAGAUGGUGCACUACGUGUCGGCCUCGGCGCUCACCGCACAGGCCAGGCAGAUGCAGGACCCCGCCGUGUCGGGCUCGCAGCCGCAGGUCUCCCUCGACAUGUUCGGCCAGCUCCUGAAGAAGGCCGGCGGCAUGGGGGACAUCAGAGAUUGCCCCAGUGCCUGCGGGGCCAAAAUACAGAUCUGCCGGACGCUGAUGAACCGGCCCGAGAUCGUGUCCAUCGGCGUGGUGUGGGACUCGGAGCGGCCGACGCUGGAGCACAUCAUGGCCGUGUUCGCCACCGUGGGCACGACGCUACGACUCCGCGACGUGUUCCAGAGUGUUGUGGACGACCGUUGGGCCCAACACACGCAGCACCAGCUGGUCGGAGUCGUCACCUACUACGGAAAGCAUUACUCCACCUUCUUUUAUCACACGAAGCUCCGGGUGUGGAUAUACUUCGACGAUGCGACAGUACGAGAAAUAGGGCCGCACUGGGAACAGGUCGUCGACAAGUGUCGUCGCGGCCACUUCCAGCCCCUCCUGCUGCUUUAUGCCAAUCCCAGUGGCACUCCCGUGCCCGUCGACACGGCCCCGCGGACGGUGUCUCUCGUGCCGGGCCACCGGACCAGCAACCGGGCCGCGCAGCCUCCCCACAAAGGCUCGGCGGCCGGGGAGCCCUACUCGCAGGCCACGACCCGCCGUGCCGUCACGCCCAACCCCGAGAAGUGCGUGGACGUGAGCGGGCCGACGCCGCGCCGCGCCAUCACGCCCAGCCCCGAGGUGGCGGCCCAGCGCGACGGCCACCGCGACUACCAGAACAUCCACACCGUGACGCAGGUUUACCAGGACGGCGCCGGCGAGGCCCACAGCGACGACGUGUUCGACCAGGGCACGUCCAACUACCGGCGGCAGCUGGAGAGCAUCAAGCAGAGCGGCUCCGUCCUGCCGAACAAGCCCAGCAUCCCCGGCCGCGGCCGACUCGACUCCGACGACUCCGUCUACGCCGGCAGGAGAAACGACUCUACAAUCAGCACGGCAACAGGAACAGCAAUUCGUCCCUCGAGCAGUUCGAGAAGGACGGCCUCAAGAUGCCCGAGGGAGGAAACGUCCCGCGACGCCGCGACUCCGGCAACUGGAGCGGCGACCGGAACAGCGAGAACCCGUACCUGUUCAUCGUGGGCAAGGCCGGCCGCCAGCCCCCCUCGCCCACCGCCAAGGCGCCGCCCAGCCCCUCGCGCGGCGACCACCCCGAGUACGCGAAUCUGGGCGUGGGCGUCCCAGGGCACCCGCACAACCAUGCCCCCAGCGGCCAGCAGCCCAGCACGGCGCCCAACGGCCAGUACGACCCCGGCUACGACUCCUACUCGCUCUCUUCGAACGACUCCUAUCCAAUUCAGCAGAAUCUGAAGCAUAACUUGCAGCAGCUUCAACAAAUCCCAGAAUGUGUGCAGGCGAGCGACAGCCCUGGAACGUACACGGGCGGGAGUCAGCAAGAUAGCAGCAGCGUCAGCACACUAACAGAAAGCGAGGCUGGAGGAAACUGCGAGGCCUUGUGCCUAGCUGCAGACUCGCUGCUGGAGGAAGCCAGAGCGCGCGAGGAGGCCGGAGACCUUCCCGGCGCCCUCGACCUGUGCAAUGCCGCGGCGGCCAAGACCCGAGCCGCCAUGGACGCCCCCUAUAACAACGCCCACUCGCUGACCUUCGCGCGCAUGAAGCACAACACGUGCGUCAUGCGGGCGAGGUCGCUGCACCGACGCAUCCUCAUCCAGGAGGAGACUGCAGCGUGGGAAGGCCAAUACAAAAUGGAUGCGCCCCACCACAGUCGCCAAGGCUCGCGAGACUCGCAGAGGUCCCGCACCAGCCGCCAGGGCUCGCGCGAGGGCUCCGUCCACCACAGCCGCCAGGGGUCCCGUGACGCCUCCAGCGGCUCGCAGGCCAGGUCGCAGGACCAGCUGGACACGGCCGUCACCCUGGCACAGACAGCCGAGAAGUUGCAGACGACGAACAUCGAAAUCUACGCCACUCUGCCCAAGAAGGGCAAGAAGGCGUCGGAGAAGAUGACGAAAAAGGAGGACGUGGAAGUGCACAUCGAGCGGCCGAAGGAGAAGAAGGCGGCCGAGAAGACGAAGGAGAAGGCCCACAAGGACAAGAAGAGCUCCAAGUCCCGCGCCGUGGACAGCGACUACGCCAGCGACCACAGCUCCAAGAGCUCCAAGAAGGGAGCCGACAAGGACGACGUGAACGCCAUCGUGGAGGUGAAGGAAGAGAAGCCGAUCGGGAAGAAGCAGCACAAGGUCAGGCGGAAGCUGCUGAUGGGCGGCCUCAUCCGGCGCAAGAACCGCAGCAUGCCGGACCUUCGCGAGGGCCAGGACGGAGAGAACCCGAAGGCGGCCACCGAUGACCUGAGUCCGAAGCUUCUCCCGACCGACCACGCCCUCGGGGAGAAGACCAUGGCGGGCUACCUGAGCGAGGGCCACCUGGAGUACAGCAACCCGAACCUGGAGCGCAGCAAACUCAUGAGGAAGAGCUUCCACGGCAGCGUCGGCAAGGGGCUCUCCCCGGCCAAGAACGCCGCGGCCCUGAAGGUGCCUCCUCCCAUACCCCAGCGCAUCAAUUCCCAGCUUUCACAGAACGAAAAGAAUCAGAUUUCACAGAAGAACGAUAAGAAUAGCCGGAAAGAUGAGAAGAAGCGAGAGAAGCGGCCGCCGUAUCCUCUCCCUCCCAGUGACAUUGAGCCUGAGAACCCGCCCGCCCUUCCACCUCGUUGCUACACGCCAGAGAUCUCGCUGCCGUACAUCCACACGCAAAUGCAGCAGUACGAUACGUACCAGACCAACUCUCUUCCCUACAACAACCCGAUGUACCCGGAGCAGCAUCACCAGCAGCCACCAGGCACACCGACGCAGAUAACCGUUUGCGCCGACGUCCACCAGGAGGCCACUCCGAGGGAGGCCCAGCAGCAGAUGACCUACCAGCAGCUGCAUCACCAUCAACAGCAGCAGUAUGCUCAGCAGUCUCACAAACAAGAGCCGAAAAUGCAGCAGCGACAAGACGAUUUCCAGCAGCUGCAUCAGCAGCAGCAGCAACUUUAUUCCAAACAGAAUCAGCAGAAUCACGAGGCUGUGGAGGAUCUGAAAAUUCGGGGACUCCUCCCCCCGCCCCCGCCAGAGUCCAGGGCUACACCCGAGGCCCACAGCGCCCCCGAGCCCUCGAGUCUGUUGGCUCAGCUCCAGCAGAAGCGGCAGCAGAUCGUCGAGAGCAAGGACACGAAUGGCGCCACGACUGAUGAUCGGGUGAAGCCGUUGCCGCCGAAGAGCAGCGGCGAUUGGCUGCAUGAGCUGCAGGCUAAGCAGGCAGCCAUGCGCAAGAAAAUGCAAGAACAAAACGGACCCGCGUCAGGGGCACAAUCUGAGGUGAAAGAGAACAACAGUAACAGUGCUAAGGAGAACAAUGUCAAUUCUGUAAGGAACUUGGCCUCCAAGUUUGAGAAUGUGAGUGUGUCUGCGACGAAACCUGAAGUAGGCCAAGACGAGGUCGAUAGCCGUCUUGCGCCUCCUGCCCCUCAGCCCUCGCGCGAGGAAGUGACCGAGCGGCAGCGUGUUGUGAGUAAAGAAAUGUUCACGAGAGAGUACACCCAGUGUAACUCUUUACAGUUUCCGUCCCACAGUGGGCAUGAGAGCAGACUUAGUUCCUCUUAUCGGACACGGACCGAACACCCAAAGAAGAUUCUGAACUUAACACAAGCACAGAUACGACGUCUAGUGAUGGCGCUAAAAAGAAAAAAUCCAAGAAGAGUGUGACCUUCUGUGACCAAGUGGUGCUCGUUGCGACGGCUGAGGACGAGGAGGAGGACGCCUACAUCCCCAACCCGAUCCUCGAGAGGGUCCUGAAGUCCGCGAUGACUUCCUCGAUGUCUGACACAGACACUUCCUCCUGUCGAUCCUGUGAGCCCGAGACCGAAUGGCCCAACUCAGUCCUCAAAGCCCAACGUGCCCACACCUCAGGCGAGCCCCCACUACCAGUCUGUCACUUUACACCAGCCAGUCCCACUCUGCUCAACCUCACCACACCCAGCCUCUGCACGCCCAUGCGCACCCAUCCCACCCUCACCAGACUCAUGGCCAGCAGUACCAGCAGCCACCUCAAAGUACCGGUGGGCAGGUGAGGCUGCCGCCACCCUACCAGCCUCCCCCCAGUGUGUCCAAACCCCUGAGCUCACAUGUCCCUCCCAGCCACGGCCAGGGCAGUCAGAUGCCCCACGUCGUCCAUGGGCAGAGCCAGCCACGUACCCUCUCCAAUGGCCUCCACCCCGGACAGAUGCCUCACUGAUUCCGUCGGCCAGGCCGGGAGAGCGUCUGCUGUCCCCUAUCCUGGGAUGAUGACUCGCCAGAACAGCAGCCUUGGAUUCCAGCACCACUCGGAGACGGAGCGAACGUUCCCUCCCUACCAGCGAGUGCCACAUCCGGGCCACGCGCAGGGCCAGCCACAGGCACACCCCCAAAUGCACCAAGCCAUGCAUUCGCAGAGUCGUUCUGGCCUGCCGCCCCACAACCACACAUCGUCUGCAGCCUACAACCGUCAGCAGCAGUCCGGCCAUCCAGGACAGCAGCAGGUCCCUCACGGACACUCCCUAAGGGAGGCCCCAGUCACUUCUGCGGCCCACUAGACCCGUCAGCCAUCUACACCACGGUCAACAAGGCAGGCAAGAAGUCCAACGCGGCUCCUGCCUCAGCCACGGGCAGCGCUCUCCAGCCGUGCAACUUGUGUCGGAAGAAGUGUGUCAAUCCGCCUUCCACGUACUGCAAUGACUGCGAUUUCUACAUGUCCAGGUUUAAGCCGAAAGCUUAAUACUCGCAUCCCCUUGUACAUAUUGCCAGUGAUUCAGUCGUAAGUUUUAUGCAUCGCAACCAAACCACAGUGUCAUAAAAACAACAAAUAUUCUCAGUUACAAAAAGACAUGACAAAUUACUGUCGUAAAUAAUUCUUGAAGUCGCACUUGAGAAAUCGUUUGGUAUUCAGGGGAAGACACCGACCAUGUAUAAGAAAAAAAAAUAUAUAACAUGAUCCCCUCCAUUGUGAAGCCAGUGUUGUUCUUUUAAUGUAUCUUUAGAACUAUAACUCUUAUUACUAAGAGUUGAACUGUUUACCAUGUAUUUAUUUUUUAAGACUUUAUUAGUACUUAAUCACCUGUACCUGUUAUGCUAUUUGAUGACUGAGCAACACUUUGGUAACACAAAAUAUGACCUGGCGACUUGGAGGAAGAACUUGAUGUGGUGACUAUAGACGUACCUGUGCUGUGAGGAGCCUUCGCCUUGGUUCAGCUCGCCGGCAAGCAACGGAGGUUCCAGAAUUUUCUUUCAUUGUGAUACUAAGUUAUGGAUCUCAGUAGUAGCAACUUAAGCUGUAUUAUUACUGUUGUUUUAUAUUUGUAUUUAUUGUACAGUCACAAAGCUUUUUUUUCUGCACGCUUCUGAUUGUGUGCUUGUGAAUCUGACUUGUUAUGUGCCAAAUUGUGUACAUAUAUAUAUGUUGUACAAAUAAAUUACUCUAUAAAUUCUUCUGUAUAUUGCUGUUUUUGUAUGUUUUGUAAUAAACAGAGCUCUAUGACGCUACAACAAUAA